AUGGCUAUGACAAAUGCUGAAAGAAUGAAAAAAUAUCGAGAAAAAUUAAAACAAAAUAAAGUAAAACGUGAAGAAGUCAAAGCAAAGUCUCGUCAUCGAUACCAAUCAAAAAAAGCAAAAUUAACUGGAGCUAGCUUGGCCAAAUUUCGCAACAACAACAAAAUUCGUCAACAAAAAUGUCGUGAAAAUAAAAACAAGCAUUGGCUCAAUAAUCCGUCCUCAUCAUCGUUUAAAAGUCGUCAAUCAUUUGGCAAAUCAAUAAAAAAAUUCAACUCAUCUCUUCCAAAAUGCGGCCAGAAAAAGAAAAUUAUCAUUCAACAUCUUACUGAAAAAUUUGGUAAGAAAGAUUCUAUUGUUAUUAAAGAGAGUGAUGGAAGCAAAGUUACUUAUCAAAAACGCAUUUUAUUCAAUAGUUUACGUGAAAAUGACGAGUUAUUCAAAGAGGAAAAUGCUAACAUUAGCUUGAGCCGUUCAUCUUUUGCUGCUUUGCGACCAUCUUUUGUUGUUUUGAAAGCUGCUUUGGCACAUCGAAAUUGUUUACGUUUGUAUCACGAAAACAUUUGUCUGCUUUUGAAAUCUCUUGAUAAAUAUGUUGAUGGAAAAUAUUGUACAUCGUUGGACAAUUUUGUUAAUUGUUUGGUUUGUAGUAACAAUAAUGAAGAAUGCAUGUUUAGUAGUUGUGGUCUUUGUGAAGAAUUUUUUGACGAGAAUAUUUUGGAAAAUAUUUCUCAUGGAGGUGUUCAAAUUACUUGGUCACAAUGGGCGAAUGAAAAUGGUCGUGCCGAGAAGAGAGAGUUUGCAGGAAGUGUUGGUGAAGCAGCUUUGUUGUUGAAAUCAAAACUUGAACAGUUUUUGUAUCACGCGUAUAUAAAACGAGAACAGUCGAAUUAUUUCGAAAAGUUGAAGGCUGAUGUAACUGAUGAAAAGAUUGUACUACAAGUCGAUUUUUCAGAAAAUUUCAAUAUGAAAGAGCAAGAUGAAGUUCAAAAUGCUCAUUGGAAUAGUAAAUCGUUGAAUCUAACGCAUGAUAAAUUUGUUGUUGAUGCUGAUUUAGCAAUCAUUUUGAAUCACAUUGCAACAACACUUCCAAAUCAACGUUUCCAUUUUCGAAAUCUAACACGAAUUGCUAAUAAAUAUAACAUCAGUCUAAGUUGGAAUUUUUUUGCUACUUCUCAUGGUAAAGGUGUCGUUGAUGGUAUUGGAGGGAGUGCAAAGCGUCUUGUAUGGUCAGCUGUUUUGGUAGGAGAAGUGUGUCGAGCGACCGAGUAUUUUGUUAAAAUUGCAAAGAAGCAAACUAAAAAAAUAAUUUUGAUUGGAAUUACAGCAGAUGCAAUCGAUUGUUCGAAAGUUCAACUUGAAAAUAUUUUCAAAACAGUAAAAUCAAUUCCAGAAACAUUAAAAAUGCAUUCAGUUGUGGUGGUUGAUAAAGAUGAACUAGAGUUAUUAUUCUAUGGCUUCUCGUAA